AUGGAAAACGAGCUCGACUUUGAGCUUCAUGAAGCAACGGCAUGGCCAGAUAAGCCUUCUACGACCCAGGCGCGGCCCCGAACUCCAAUACAGGGGAAUCACGACACUUCUGGUAGUGCAUUGAGCGGUGAAAUUGCUCCAACCGGUACGAUGCCCAAGCCGUCACCGUUGGCAGUGGUUGAAGUCGCUGGCUUCGCGGCGUCUGAUACGCGCUGGGGGAUCUAUCAAAUCAAAACAGGCAGUUUCACCAGGGUUGAAUCAUCCAAGUCAUCCACACAGCUCUGGUGCUGGCUUGAGGAGAGUAAAUCUCUCAGGUAUAUGUUGCUCAGUGACAUGGAGUGGAAAUGCGCAGAAUAUCCCGUUGAUUUUGACGUCCAGUUGGAGGAUGUUGCUACAGUGAGAGCAAGUGCGCAAUCAUGGCGAGUUCGUCUGGUAAUGAAGGAGCGUGUCGCAUCUGGGCAGCAUAAACCGUCGAGAGAAGAUGGUAUGGUUGUUUUCGAAAAUCGGGAGACUGCGCACCAUUUUUUGCAAUUUUGUCACGAUCAAGACAUACCUAUUUCUGAACAAGAACCGCCGGCAAUGGUUACCGAGUGGCGAAACAUGAAGUCUGUCUGUACCUUGACAGAUGACCAUUAA